UUUUUUACUAUAAUAUUAUUAAUAUUGCUAUCAAAAUUCUAAAUGCUCAAUGGCUGGCCAAGUUGCCAAGGCGAUGAUCUAGGAUCUCGCCUAAGUAUGUAAGGGGUGGAGAACGCCCUUUUGUUACAUAGGUUACACUAUGUUAGGUAUGAGGUAGGUAUGUAUUGUACGGUACGUGUACGGCGGGAAUCAUACAUAUGUCAGAGCAUACCUAGGUAGGGUUAUCAUCGGCGUUUCAAUUGUGUCGUCAUCGCCACUUCUCCAUAGCCCACCCCAUGCCACCCCGUGGCAGCGUGGUCCCUGAAAAUGCCAUAUCGUCGGUCUUCGGCGGUCUGGAUACCCCUAACAAGCCGCGCCAGGGUGCAACCCUCCACUUCUCCAGGUAUCAUGACCUGCCAUGUAUUAGUAGAAUCCGGGGAGCCUCGGCAGGUUCAUGAGUGAUUUUGUUUGACUUUUUAAGUCUGGCCAAUUCCCUUCUUGAAGAGGGUUGCCUUGUCAAAUCAUCCUUUGACAACUCAUCCGGUUAACCUAGUCUUUAUCUAUAAACCUAGGUAUCUAACUAAUAAGUAAUUGCUUCUACAUACGCUUAACUACUUAGAAACCAAUUCCUACUUUUACAUACCCAUACGUCACAAUAUUAGCUUGCCAUAGCUCAUGUGAGCGAGCAUCAUGCUAUCCCUACAUCUUCAAAGAGAAUCUCAGAGGUGGGCAGCUCAACGCCAGAGCUACCCCGCAUCCCCCUCCUCCCUAGAUAGCUCAAGCAGCUACGAGGACGAGGACAGCGACUGCGAAUCCGUCUUCUCUACGAGCAGCAGUAGAUCGAGGUGGUCUUCGGUCUCGAGCGAGGCACCCGACGACGAGCCGGCGCCGGCAGCCUUCGAGCAACCCCGAGACUUCAACGGAGCUCCCAUUACAAUGUACACAUCUCUAGAGCAAGCAGUAACCCAGAGCACACAGACGGCCGAGGCGCAAGGUCCCAGGCGACUAGUCACGCCAGGCAAACUGUACGAGAACGAGGACGACGACGAUGAGAUCGUGGAGUGGGCGGAGGAGAAAGACGGUAGCGUAACAACGGAGCACGCCGAGAUUGAGAGUGGCUUCUCCCGUAUCGCCGCCGGCAGUGUUAUCCCCGCGAGCUGAAGGAAGAAGGAAGAGGGGCAGAAGAGAAAGAGGGAAACGCCAAGCUUCAUGUGUUUUACAAGAGAAAUUGUAUUGCGACAGCGCCCACCUUGGCGCAGGCUUGGGAUUCUUGGGGUUUUAUAUUUUUGUCUACGUGACGACCCAAAGGGACAACGGCGUUAAGAGGUCUGCAGACUGCAGCUAAUAAUGGGAAAAGGCCGGCAGUGCAAAGCCGUAUAAGUUCGGGACGGGCUGCAAUUGUUUUUAAUUUGAGAAACGGAAUGAGUUAUUAAGAUACCCCCAAAUAUGAUAAAAAGACAAUCU